GUAAUAUAAUCAAUGUUAAUUUUCUAACAGCUGUUCAAAUUGGACUUCAAUGGGAAAGAAAAUACAUUUUCUGUUUGAAAAACAUGCAUCCUUCUCUACUAUAAAUAAGGCAAAUUCAUCCACCUCUAUGUUCACAGCAGAACUGCAAAUGAAUUCUCUGAUCUCUUCAAAGCUUCCAUUUCUCUUUCUCCUGUUCUUCUCAUUUUCACAAGCAAGUGAACAUGAGGACUUUAUUCAAUGCCUUACCCUAAAAGCAGAGGACUCUGCCUCCAUAUCUAAAGUUAUAUUCACCCCAAUCAAUUCUUCAUAUUCAUCAGUCUUGAACUUCUCAAUCCAUAAUCUGAGGUUCUCCACACCCACUACUCCAAGACCUCAAGUCAUCAUCACUCCAUUGGUCAUCUCUCAUAUUCAAACAACCGUAAUUUGCGCCCAAAAACAUGGAUUGCAGAUCAGAACUAGAAGUGGUGGUCAUGACUAUGAGGGACUAUCUUAUGUUUCAGACGAACCAUUUGUCGUCCUUGACCUCAUCAACAUUCGAUCGAUCUCAAUCGAUGUAGAAUCUCGCACAGCAUGGGUUCAAGCUGGUGCAACAAACGGGGAACUUUAUUACAGAAUUUCUGAGAAGAGUAGAACCCUUGGCUUCCCCGCUGGCGCUUGCACAACUUUAGGUUCUGGUGGGCACGUCAGUGGAGGAGGAUACGGUACUUUGUUCCGUAAGUAUGGUCUUGCUGCAGAUCAAGUGAUCGACGCAGAAUUGAUCGAUGUUAAAGGGAGACUUCUUGACAGAAAAUCAAUGGGAGAAGACUUGUUUUGGGCGAUUAGAGGAGGUGGAGGAGCUAGCUUUGGAGUCAUUGUUUCAUGGAAAGUGAAAUUAGUCCCAGUUCCACCUACUGUGACUGUAUUCUCAACCAGUAGGACUCUGGAACAAAAUGCAACGAAGCUUGUACAUAAAUGGCAAUCCGUGGGACACAAGCUUCCCAAGGAUUUAGUCAUUGGAGUCAUAUUAGGCAGAGCGAAUUCAAGUAAAGAUGGGAAGAUGACAAUCCAAGCAACCUUCUAUUCCUUGUUUCUUGGCACCACUGAUAAGCUGCUUCCCUUGAUCCAGAAGAAAUUCCCUGAAUUAAAUCUGACUCGACAAGAUUGUAUCGAAACGAGCUGGGUUGAUUCUACUCGAUACUUCUCUCUUUUUCCAAUCCAAUCUGUGGAAGGAUUGCUUAAUCGGACACAGCCCGGAUUAACCUACUUCAAAGCAAAAUCAGACUAUGUGAAGGAACCAGUGCCUGAAUCUGCAUUGGAAGGGUUAUGGAAACUGCUUUACGAGGAAGAUGGUCGAGUCUUGUUGAAUCCUUACGGAGGCAGAAUGAGCGAGAUUUCAGAAUCAAGCAUUCCUUUCCCACACAGAGCUGGGAAUUUAUACAAAAUUCAGUACACGGUGUCAUGGAAUGAAGGAAGCACCGAGGCAUCAAAGAAGAACAUAGAUUGGAUGAGAAGGGUUUACAGUUACAUGGCUCCUUAUGUGUCUAAGAAUCCAAGAGAAGCAUAUGUGAAUUACAGAGAUCUUGACUUGGGGACGAACAACAAAGGAAACUACACAAGCUAUGAACAAGCAAGGAUUUGGGGUGUCAAGUAUUUCAAGAACAACUUUGACAGAUUGGUGAAAGCCAAGACUAAGAUUGAUCCUCAUAAUUUCUUCAGGAACGAACAGAGCAUUCCAUCUCUUUCAACAUUUUGAGCUGGAAUGAAAUUAUUUGUUUUUCUCUGUGACAUAAAUAAACCAGUCCAUGGUGAUGGAGUUGUGACUUUGUGUACAAUAAAAUGAAGACUUUUCCAAUCAUUAUCCAAUAAAAAAAUGAAGAUGACUUUUCCGAUCA